AUGGACACGUUUCACUACGAGGAGGUGCGGCUGACGGAGAUGCGCGUGGAGGGGGAGAUGUUGCGAUACCCGUGCCCCUGCGGCGAUCUAUUCGAGCUUUCGGUUAAAGACUUUGCUGCCGGUGCCGAUGUCGCCCAAUGCCCUACAUGUUCACUCACAUUGCGUAUCAUCUGCACCGAUACCGAGCGAAGGGCUUUUUUAAGUCAACAUGGCGUGGAGGGAAGUGAACUCUGCCUUGUCUCCGUCUAA